CUCGUCUAUCCACCAUGAUUAUCUUCAAGGACAUCCUCACCGGUGACGAGAUCAUCUCCGACUCGUACAACCUCAAGGAGAUCGACGGUGUCGUUUACGAGGCCGACUGCACCAAGAUCAAUGUUGGAGGCGAGACCUUCAACACUGGCGGCAACGCCUCUGCUGAGGAGGCCGAAGAGGGUGUCGAGGACACGGCCGAAACCAAGAUUGACGUCGUCUACUCCUUCCGCCUGAACGAGACCGGCUUCGACAAGAAGGGCUAUCUCACAUAUCUCAAGGGCUACAUGAAGGCGGUCAAGGAAGGCCUCAAGGCCAAGGGUGCCGACGAUGCUACCAUCAACGACUUCCAGACCAAGGCUUCAGGCUUCGCCAAGAAGAUCAUCGCCAACUUCAAGGACUACGAGUUUUACACGGGCGAGUCCAUGAACCCCGACGGCAUGAUUGUCCUCCUCAACUACCGCGAGGAUGGCACCACUCCCUACGUUACCGUCUGGAAGCACGGUCUCGAGGAGAUGAAGGUCUAAGCUUGGGAUUAUGCGCAUCUGGGGAUGAAGUGGGGUUGGAUUGGUUCAUUGAAUUUACGAAUACCUAUUGCAUGCUCGGAUAUCCGCCAUUGUGCGAAAAGCGACACGAAUCUAGACGACUCUCUUGAGCCAUACCUGGCACCCCAGUGUCCUUUCCCAUGUCGUGCUGCCUUGUCUUGCUACUCUGGGUGUCGUUCAUGCUGCUUCCUUCUGACCAUUAGUUGACGGAUGGUCGUGACAUUCAUUGCGCUGUCGUCAAGUGA